AAAGCAGCCACGCCCUGCUGAAUUUUAGCCACUCCCGUCCGUUACCAAUGGCUACCUUGUGUAAGACUGUCUCUCGUGUCUUCUCGUCCAGUUUUCUCUCGACUGGCAGGGCAAUAUGGAGCCUGAGGGCUAUAUCUACAACAAGAGCAUCCCUGGGGACAGAAAUGACGUGCCGCGACGCUCUCAACUCAGCAAUGGACGAAGAAUUGGAGAGAGACGACAGGGUGUUUCUGAUGGGAGAAGAAGUUGCUGAGUAUGACGGAGCAUAUAAAGUAACGAGAGGUUUAUGGAAGAAGUACAAUGACAGGAGAGUGGUUGAUACCCCCAUUACUGAAAUGGGUAUUGCUGGAAUAGCUGUUGGAGCUGCUAUGGCUGGGCUGAGACCAAUCUGUGAGUUUAUGACGUUUAAUUUCUCGAUGCAAGCCAUAGACCAGGUCAUCAAUUCUGCCGCUAAAACAUUCUACAUGUCAGCAGGAACGGUUCCUGUACCUAUUGUGUUCCGUGGGCCUAAUGGAGCAGCUGCGGGUGUUGCUGCACAGCACUCUCAAGACUUUAGCUCAUGGUAUGCACAUGUACCUGGACUUAAGGUUGUAUCUCCUUGCACUGCUGAGGAUUGCAGGGGAUUGCUGAAGUCAGCCAUUCGCGAUGAUAAUCCUGUUGUAGUCCUUGAGAAUGAGAUAUUGUAUGGAGCUGCUUUUCCUAUUUCUGAUGAAGCAAUGGACAAGAACUUUACGAUACCAAUUGGAAAAGCCAAGUUAGAAAGAGAAGGUAAUGAUUGUACUAUUGUCUCCUAUUCAAGAAGUUUGGUCGUUAGUCUCGAAGCAGCCGACAUAUUAGCUCAGAAAGGAAUUAAUUGCGAAGUAAUAAAUUUAUUGAGUCUCCGCCCACUGGACCGUGAUGCCAUCAUCAAUUCAGUGAUGAAGACUAACCACCUUGUGACUGUUGAGGGCUGCUGGCCACAGUUUGGAAUAGGGGCUGAAAUAUCUGCUUCAAUAGUAGAGAGCCCUGCUUUUGAUUAUCUUGAUGCUCCAAUAUACAGAGUCACUGGGGCUGAUGUCCCCAUGCCUUAUUCUCAUCCACUGGAGACAAGAUCAGUUCCACAGUCUGAUAACGUUGUACAGACUGUCCUAAAUAUGCUCAACAUAAGACAAUGAUAAUUGUCAUUAAAUGAGAGAGGGAGAGGGUUUUAUUGUUUUGCUGUUGUAGAAUAGACUAAUAAGUUUGCAGUUUUAUCAUUAUUGUCAAUUUUUGUCAUGUAGAUAGCUACAAAUUAUUUUUUUACUAAUAAA